CACCGUCGGGACAGUGCGUAGAAGAUUCUUACCGUUUUCGUACUUUUCGUGUAUUGUUUGUGCCGGAGGUGCGUGCUGCAGAGCCUCCAGUCCUUGCUGUUCUGGAUGAUUUACCCAACGGUUCGCCGCAUCGAUUGCGCGCCCCAUUGCACGGCCGAUCCCUUUUCGGUUGGCUUCGCGUGCAUUGGCUGUGACUGGUUGGGCAAUCGUUUCUAACACUCUUCCUCUCUGCACAUCCUUCACAAUAGCAACAUACAAACAAAUACAAACCUUCCUUUACAACUAGUGCAACAUAUUACGUUGAAACCUUCCUGGGUUGGGGUGGCACAAACAUCAUCUCACAGCCAGUCGCUCGCAAACAGCCACGGUGCCAAGCAAUGAACAGCAGCCUGUCCACGGAAAUACCGUACUCGAACGAUGGUGACCACCGUAGCAAAACGACGAAUGCAUCUUACAAUAAUAAUGGAUCAUGCGUGAACGCGCACGAGAACAACACGGAAGGCCAGGACAGAUUUGCCUUUGCCUGUGAUGAUCCACCGUCCGAUGCGCGGUUGCAUCCCUCCGACAGCUUAGACGAUGAUCUGGAGGAUGUAUACAAGACGUGCAACAGCCAGUCGGUGGUUGAAUGGAUCAACGAUGACGACGAGCUUGAACGAUUGGAUUUACCGAUUGAGCCCCUGGACCCGACUGGUACCGUAUUCAACCGGGUUGAUAGUUCCGACAUCAUUUACCAAGAGAAGAAGAAAAAAUGUAAACUCGUCGGGAAGUACGUAAUGGGAGACGUGCUCGGUGAGGGCAGUUACGGCAAGGUGAAGGAGGUGCUCGAUUCAGAAACGUUGAGCCGUCGCGCAGUAAAGAUUCUAACCAAACGCAAACUACGACGCAUUCCAAAUGGCGAGCAGAAUGUGCGGAGCGAAAUUAAGCUGCUGCGAAAGUUGCAGCACCGCAACGUGAUCGAGCUUCUGGAUGUGCUGUACAAUGAGCAGAAGCAGAAGAUGUAUCUCAUCAUGGAGUACUGCGUCGGUGGGCUGCAGGAGAUGCUGGAUUCGGUGCCAGAAAAGCGGCUACCGAUACACCAGGCGCACGACUAUUUUGUGCAAUUGCUGGACGGGUUGGAGUACCUGCACGGUUGCGGCAUCAUACACAAAGACAUCAAGCCGGGCAAUCUGCUGCUAACGCUAGAUCAUACGCUGAAAAUAUCGGACUUUGGUGUAGCGGAAGCAUUAAAACCUUUCGCCCUAACGGAUGAAUGUACGACCAGCCAAGGAUCGCCAGCCUUCCAGCCUCCGGAAAUUGCGAACGGGCAUGAUGUAUUCUCAGGGUUUAAAGUUGAUAUCUGGAGCACGGGCGUUACACUGUACAAUAUAACUACCGGAUUGUAUCCGUUCGAAGGUGAUAAUAUUUAUAAACUGUUAGAAAACAUAGGUAAAUGUGAAUGGAAUCCGCCGGGAUGGUUAGAGCCCCGGCUGGCCGAUUUGCUCGUUAAUAUACUGCAGGCGGAUCCACGUAAACGGUUCACCCUACAACAGAUACGGCACCAUGAAUGGUUCCUGUUUGCCCCGGAUGCAACGAGCCCGCUCGUACCGAUACCACCGUUAAAAGGCGAUUGGAAUAGAUGUUCCACCGUGCUGCCUUACCUGAUAGCUCAUCACUACGAGAAAGAUCGGGACAUGCCGUACUACACGGAGCACGACGUAAAUGAAAUGGCACGCCAGCAGCACGAUCAUUACACGGACGAUGGACUGUACGAUCGCAGCUAUCUAAUGGCACAGCCGCUAGAAUCACUAUCGUUCCAUUCGGACGAUCCGGGCAGCGAAACGGGCACGACGCGACGUGCCUACCAGCCUCAGCCAAACAGUGGCAGCGGCCGUUCCACCGUAGAUAAGCGACCGUCGCGAAGCUUCUCACUGUCACCGAAACCGAGCAUAAAGCACAUGAUCGGUAGCAGCUGUCCGGCUACGACGGGAAACAGCAGCAAACGACGCUCGCGCAAAACUGUCUCCUGUAUAUCGUGGCGCAAGUGGCCCCACUGCCGCCAAUCUUGAAGAGAUCUCGUGCUUGGUGGUCUACUGGGGUCCCUUUUUCUUUUUGCUGUACGACACACCCUUGAGAUUAAAGAGGGAUAGAAUUUAGGGCUAAAAGGGAAACACAUACCCAAUCAAUCAAUGCGAGAAGGAAUUAUUUACUCAGGUUUCGUAUGCACUCACCGUGUUCGUUGCCGCGUGGGUGUGUGUGUAUCGCAUUCAAAUUAGGAUAAUUCCAUCAGCAGAAAAAAAAGUUACAUAGCACAUACUUAAUUGUUUCUUGAUUGUUUAGUAGCGCAUCUUAAGAUCGGUUUUAUGUGUUUUUUUCUUUGUUUCCUGCCAAAACAAAGCUCUUCAAAAUUAUUUGUAUCGUGUUGCGUUCCCAGCGUUGUACAGUAGCUUAGUUACACACCACGCGUGUUUAUCCAUUGUCGAACUUUGAUUUAUUUGGGAAACCCCAACCCAACCAUACAAUUCGUACAGUUUUAAUUGAUGUAACCAAAACCUUAUUUCGGUUGGUACGUAGUAAGAAACAAAGGCGAUGAACUCCACUAGGUUGAUUUUGUACGCAUAGCAUAACCAAAGCGGUACUUUAACCGUGUUUCAAUAAUUAGUUUCAAAUAUAACCACUCGCGAACACGCCCGCACCGUGCGUUUGAACAAAACAAAAAAAACAUACCAAAAUCGGUAAUCCCGGCCCAUCCUCUAUUCAUUACUGUACAUAGAAAGAGGUUACUUUUAUGUGAUCGUUUUGUACAUAGGGCUGUGUGCAGUCAAUUUCGCAAAUUCGCAGCGUUCAAAUGCUUGGCGUAGUAAAGUUGACAUCAAACAGGAAUAGCUAGACGAUCCGCUUAAUCUGCCUCAAACAACGUUGUCGGGCAGGAUUCGUUACAAAAUGUGUAAAGAAAAAUACACUACGAGCGUUACAAGUUUCCUAGUCACUUCAUGAAAUCAUUGCGUGAAAUCAUUUCGAUUGAUAAAAAAAAAACAAAAAAAUGAUAUGAAAUUGUUUAAAAAAAAAAAGGUGGGAAGGCAUUAGUAGCUCACCGCCACAUCGCAUUGCAUCAAACAGUCUUCCUUGCCAUAGAGAAAAAUAGUCGUAGAAAGCACAUACGGACGAAUGUUCUACACGCUAGUAGGCCUGCAAGUGGAGGCGCUAGGGCUUUAAACCCGCACGGUAUUCCGUGGUAUACUGUUGCGUGCGCAAAACAAAACACAAAACUCAACUUUGCAAAUGCUGUUAAAACAUGUUAAAACAUUGUAAAGACACACAGAAAUCGCAACGCUUAUAGCAAAACACACACACACAUUCUUAAUUUAGUCCGCUAAGAACGAAAGAUGAAAUGAGAACAGGUGCGAUACAUAUAGUGGAAGGGCAAUUAAUUAAGCAGCAAGCAGUUUGUUAAGCGAAAGAAAUAGUUAAGACAAGAGUAAAGGAACCGGCGUACUGGUAUAGGAAGAUAUAAUUUUGUAAUUUAUCAUCAAGGAAACAAACAAAACAAACAAAAUGCGUUAAAUAA